AAAUUUUGAACUUUCUCGUUGAAAUUGUCAAGGAAAGUGUAACCGUGUUUCGGUAAUAUUUCGACAGUUUCCUUGGAGAAAAUAUCACUUUUAUAAGGGAUUUGCCUCAAUUAACAUGUGAUAGUGUUGGAAGGGGGCUAUGGUUUCGGAAAUUGUCGCGUGGAAGCUCUGAAGAAAGUUUGAAAAUUAUGGCGGCACAACAGAAGCGCUCAUGGAAACUUCGUAAGUACAUAUAGGUGUUCACCGGUACAAAAUUUAAAAAUGGAGUUUGAGAUGUAAUUAAAAUAAUGGGAUACUGGGAAUUAAGUCAUGUACUUUUCUGUACGAUUCAAACGUUUUAAAGUUGUGAAAUCGAACUCUCCUGCGUCAAAAAUUUCGUCUGGCCAUUUGUAACGUCAUGUCAAUUCAAGCACGAGUCAACUCGUAAAUUAAGAAUGUAAACGAACGCUAGAACAACAUGUGUGACAAACAGAACCAUUUCUUUGCAUUCAGGAAAAGUCGUGGUUUUUUCCUAUUUUCAUGAUUAUAGCAUCUUUGUGAGACGUCUCAUGUUACUUUGUCAAGGGUUCGGAAUUUUUGUGAGAAAUAGGCUUAGUGUUUCAACGAGGUUGUUUGACGUUCGGCUAUAAACGGAUUAUCGAGGUGAUUGUCACCUCCCGCAUGUCUAUCAUCGAGGUUUUUUUCGUGGCUAAAUUUUACUUCUCAUUAGCGUUUGUUAUUAAAACGUGGUUGAUUAAUUGAGCUAAUUAUUUUCAAAGAAGUUGAAAAUUACUCUCACUGAUGUUUUUCUAGAGCGUUCAUGCGUCUGAGUACUUGAAUGAUUUCUGAAUUCUACGACGUCAGGGGGUUGGAACUUUUGAAGAGACAUUGUUUCUAAUUAUAAGCUGUGGACAGAAAUAUUUUGGUUACAAAACAGAUCCCUUGAUGAUUAAGUUUCAUUGAUUGUAAUCCAACAAAGAUUUUAUAUUUCAGCAAGAGGUGUUUCUUGUUAGGCAUAGCAGUGUUUUAUAUUAUAAAAUGCACAGAAUAUGUGUAGAGUGGGAUGUUUACUCUGACUGAAACUAUGUCAUUAAUAAUUUAAUUAACAGUUGGCAGGUUUCAAAUAAGCUCAUUGGUUUCAUGAUAAGGUACUGUUUUGCUAGCAAUAAACAUAAUUUAGAAUCCAUUUAGGUAGUUAUCCCCCCAUGCCAAGCUUGAGAAUAUUGUCACACAGCUAAAACUCAACAAAAGAAAAUUCACAGUGAUGUGGAGAUUCUUGCCCUGUGUAUUUUGAAGUAUAAAAUUUUUCCAAUCAAAUUACAUAAAACAUGCAAUACAUAUUGUUUUUUUCUUUUUAACUUAAAACAGGGGAGUGAACAAAUUAAACUAAUUCAAAGUCUUUUGGAUCUGAAAUUUAUUUUGAAUUAUGACAUUUAAGUUGUGAAUCAAAUGUUCUUUAGUUUCAAUAUUUCCGUGUCAGUUUAUUUUGAUAUUCGUUGGUCCAAGGCCCUUUGAAAUUUUGUUACGAAGGGAAAUGUUAAGGUGGUCUCAAUAUCUUUGAAGCAAAGGAAAACUUGAAUCACAAAAUGUAUGGAGCUUCACUAUCAUGGUGUCAAUAACUGCUAGGUUCAAAUAUGAAGUUGGUAUGGAUUAGGGAAAGGGAGAGGUAGAGAAAGAACAAAAGUUCUCUUGCCUGAUAUUGGAGCAUAAGUGAUUAUAAUUUUAAAAAAAAAAUUUGGUUUUUUAAAAUAUCCAACCUGAAAGUACACCAAGAUAUUAAUUGACUCCUCAAUUAUAAGAUAGACAGUCCAGGAAAAUUUAUGAAAGCUUGUUGCAAUAAAUAAUUUACAGAAUCAAUCCAGAUUAAGAGAAUUUUUAUAUCUGUUUUAUCAGUUUUUUUUCUCAGCACACUUAUUAGCCCUUUGACUUCAAAGAUCUCAUUAGUAAUUCUCUUUACUGUCUGCCAUACAGUUCUUGUGAUGUUAGUUUGGAGAAUUUGGUAUUGGAUCAACUAAGAAUCUCAUAAUCAAUAUUUUCCUUUAUUCUCAUCACUUGUCUGCUUGAUAUUGUUUUGAUAUUGUGAGGAGAACUUUGUCUUGGUCACUCAUGGGAGUUAAGGGGUUAAUUUAUUUAUCCUAAUUAGAGCCAGAUUUAUUCUUUUUUUUCUUUUUGUGGAGUGAGAUGAGAUACUAUAUUUUAAUAAUCUCUUUAAAAUUGGAUAUUGUUCCAAGACUAACUUUUAGAACAAUAUUUUUUGCUUGUUAUGAUAAAUUAUCCAUAUUUCUUUUGACCUACAGAGGAGUUUGUAGCUCAUGGGUCAAAUGUGUCAUGUUUGUCUCUGGGCCCAACUUCUGGACGUGUCAUGGUGACAGGAGGAGAGGAUCGCAAAGUCAACAUGUGGGCUGUAGGAAAGCCAAAUGUAAUCCUGGUAAGAACAAGUGCAAUAUUUUAAGGUCAAGUACUUUUAUCUCGCCUUUGCCAGAGGUACAUAUUCUAAUCAAAGUGAAGUGCCUGAUAUGAAGGAAAUUACAGUCUAACAUGAUUUUUUCAUUGUCAUCCCUUGAUGCGUUUUUCCUUAACAACUCACAACAGAUUACUCUUAAUACUGCACAGUGUUGUGAUAUGGGUCUAAUUCACUGCUUUAAGUUUGAUUUAAACUUUACAGAUUUAUUUUUUCAAACUUUAAGUUCAAGAAAUGUAGAGCUGUCUCUGUCCUUGAUUAACAAAACCUCUGGAAAAUCAUAAAAUUACUGCAAUAUGAUUAAUAGGUGAUUGAUGGUUAUUGCUAUAUGAUGAUAAUAACCAUAAGAAGAAUGAUGAUGUUGUCUUUUAAAAUUUUUAAUUCAUACAGACUCUGUCAGGCCACACAAGUCCUGUAGAAUAUGUCCAGUUUAACAGUGGGGAGGAUCUUGUUAUUGCAGGAUCCCAGUCAGGAACACUGAAGAUUUGGGAUUUAGAAGCUGCCAAGAGUGAGUUGAAAUUUAACACACACAUGUUCAGGGUGGUCAUCAUAAGAGACCUGUCUGCUUUAUAAAAGGAAUAACAGAAACUGGGGAAUGGGCAACAUUGUGAGAAUUUACAUACUGAUGUUAGGGUGUUAAGGGUUUACUAUGUGGACCCUACUAGCUUGUUGCUAGGGUCACAUAUCCUGGUUUCUAUAGCAAUUAUUAUGACUCGUUGGUACCCACUUUUAUUCCCAGGUGAAGAGAAAUAUUUCAAGAGGGGAUUACCUUCCCAAGAACAAUUGAUUUGUUCAGGGUACAAUACUGGACCUCUCAAUGCUGAAUCAAACAUAGUAACCAUUAGGCCCUAAUAUUUCCAUCAUAGACUUUAACCACAUGUUUAUUAUCUACUCAAUCAUGUUAUGUCUUUUUUUUCAGUUGUCAGAACCCUGACUGGUCACAAGAGUAGUAUACGUGGUAUAGACUUUCACCCCUAUGGUGAAUUUGUAGCAUCAGGUUCUUUAGACACAAAUGUAAAGGUAAGAGUUUUAACCAAUAUAAGUUGUAUAUUGAGUAAUCCACUGAUUAAAAGGUGAUAUGAGAUGCUGUAAAGUUACAAAUUUUUAUUGGGACUUUAUCACCAUGAUUUCAAAAAAGUAGCAAACUUUAAGUCUCACCAAUAAAAACAAAAUUAUAGCCAAAAAUUGACCAUUACCCCUCGGUAGAACCUCUCUCUGGAGUUUAGGUGGAGGCAUUUCCUGAGUAUAAGGAAUUAAUAUACUCUUUGGCCAUGAUACAAUACAGAAACAUGUUGGCACAGUUAGAUGUGUUAUCAAACAAAUGCUAGACAAAUACUAUGAUGAUAGUUAUUUCAAAUGGUUGAUAAAGGAUUAAUUUUAUGCUUUUAACUUUUGUGGAAUUAAUUGAUGGCAAAGAGUAGGAAGACUAGGGAGCUAUUUCUUUGUGUGAUGGAAACUUUGCUGUGUAUGGUGAAGAAAAACAUAUGUAGAUAGGCCAGUACAAUAGAAGAAUAUUGUCUAUUGUGUAAGUAUUAAGCAACUGGUGAUGAAAGAAAACUUGGAAAAUGUGGCAGAAAAUAAUGAAUGACAUAAUGGGAAUGAUUUUAUUUUCUCUCAGCUUUGGGAUGUCAGACGAAAAGGUUGUAUAGUCACAUUAAAGGUAAUUGUUAAAAUUGUGCUCUCACUACAAUGAUUUUUUUUUAAUACCAAGUAAUAUUAAUGAAGGCUAUUGAAAAGGUCAUUUGAUCUUAUAAAUGCAUUACCAGUGAUGUCCAUGCCAAAAGUUAUUGAAAUUUAACCAAAAAAAAAAAUAGUGGCUAUAGGUAGGAUGGCUAACUUUUAAUUCUGUUGUCUCAUUAACAGGGUCACACUGAUGGAAUUAAUUUUGUGAGAUUUAGUCCAGAUGGCCGAUGGAUUAUAUCAGCAUCUGAUGACAACACUGUUAAGGUGAUGGAGGCUUCUUAAAAUUUUAUGCAGUAUUUGGCAUUAAGAAUCUACUUUUUCCUUUUUGCAAAAUGAAUACAAUUCUGCAUGAAUGUGUGUGAUACUGUGAAAACAAAAACCCUUUAAAAUGUGCACAACUUUCAACGUGUGGCCUUGUAACUCAGUUGGUAGUAGCUCCCAACAACCAUCUGGGAGGCAUGGGUUUGAAUCUCAUUGAAUCCUGAAUUCUUUCCAGGCUUCAAUGACCUGCAAGGAUCAUGGCUUUAUUUGAUUUCAAUCUGCAGGUCAUAUGAGAUUUAUUUCAUUACAAGUCAAGUCUGAUUAUAACAUGUUUUUUUGUCUCUGUAGUUGUGGGACUUGACAAGUGGAAAACUCCUUCAUGAUUUUAAGCAGCACACUGCUGCUGUUAAUUGUGUUGAGUUUCAUCCAAAGGAAUUCCUGUUAGCAACUGCCAGUAAUGACAGGUUUGUCAAAAAAACUGAUAGAUUUGAAGGGUGAUGUAGUCCAACUAUAUGUAUUACACUUUUGAUUACAUAUGUGAUUGGGGCUUUAUGAACCUUCCAGUAUUGCAAGAAAUGUAUUAAGUAGUACCACAUCAAAAAAAGGUAAUUUAAUUUAAUAAUAAGUUCUUAUAUAGCGCAUUAAAAUUGAACUCUAUGCGCUUUACAAUUACAAAUUAACAAAAUUUCGAUAAAAAUCCUAUACAUGCAAUUCGCUACUCUAUCUAAACUAAUGAAUUAUUACGUGUUAUGCAUAUGUUUGACAACGUACGAUAUCAAAUAAUCUGGUGGCUUAAUUUUUGAAAAGAUGAGUUUUCAAUAAGCGUUUAAAGGAGUCAACAGAUUCGGCGUUUUUUAUGCAUUCAGGUAGUUGGUUCCACAAAUACGGUGCUGCGUAGGAGAAUGCUCUUUGCCCAUACGUUUUAGUUCGAAUUGUUGGGACCUCAAGUAGAUUCAUAUUUGAUGAACGGAGGUUUCGUGCUGGAAUAUAUCGACUAAGAAGUUCAACAAGAUAGGUUGGAGCCAUGUCAUUUAGUGCUUUGUAUGUUAUCAACAGUAUCUUGAAUUGAAUUCGUUUUGUGACCGGGAGCCAAUGAAGUUUCCUAAGUAUAGGUGUUAUACUGUCUCUUGAUUUGGCACCGACUAACAAGCGGGCAGCUGUGUUUUGGAUCCGUUGGAAUUUUUCGAUGUCACAAAUCGGUAGACCGUACAAUAGGCUAUUACAAUAAUCAAGUCUCGAUGAGAUAAAGGCGUGUAUCAAUCUUUCAUUUUGCUGCGUCGAGAGGUAUUUACGAACGCGACCAAUAUUUCUGAUUGCUAGAGACGACGAUUUACAGAUGGAAUUUAUAUGCGAGCGUAAGUUCAUCACAGAAUCAAGCAUGACGCCUAGGUCUCGGACAGUAUUAGAUAAAUUAAUGAUAUCAUCUCCAAUAUUGAUAUUACAGAAAGGAGGAUUUUUUGAGAAGCGUGAGAGGAAAUGAAUGAUUUCUGUUUUGAAGGGUUGCACUGCAAUCUGUUUUUCUUGGCCCACCCAUGAUUGCAUUAACACAUGAUUUCAAUCUUUCCAUGCCUAGCAUUCUGUCAGAGGAGUUUAUCUUUAUGUAAAGUUGCGAAUCAUCGGCAUAUAUCAUACAGUUUAGGCCAUGUUCAGCAACAAUGUCUUCUGUAGGCGAGGUAUACAUUAGAAAGAGUAGUGGACCAAGUACUGAUCCCUGGGGUACGCCGUAGGAGAUAUGUCGAGGCUUAGAGAUAGAGUGAUUGAUCUUCACUGACUGAACACGAUGUUCUAGGUAUGAUUUGAACCAUUUUAGUGCGAUACCUCUAAAUCCGAAACGUUUCUCCAUUCUUUCAAGUAAUAUGUUAUGGUCGAUCGUGUCGAACGCAGCGGAAAGGUCUAGCAAAACAAGUACUACUUCUUCUUUUUUUGAUCUACAGCUCUUAGGAUGUCAUUUGAGACUUUUAUUAAAGCAGUUUCAGUGGAGUAGUAUUUGCGGUAUGCUGACUGCAUCGCUGGAAAUAACUGGUUCUCGGACAUAAAUCUGUAUAUUUGAUUUGCGACCACCCUUUCGAUUGUUUUUGAGAGAAAAGAUAGAUUUGCAAUCGGUCUGUAAUUUGAGAGACAGUUCGGGUCCAAUGAAGGCUUCUUUAAAGAUGGACAUACCAGGGAUUGUUUUAACUGAUCAGGAAAUUCUCCGUUAGCCAUGGAGGCGUUGAUAAUCUUGGUUAUAAUUGGCGUCAAGUGUGGAAUUGACUUUAGAAUUCGUGUUGGAAUGGGAUCCAGUUGACAAGACUUAGUUGGAGAUUGAACAAUAAGUUUGUGAACAAUAUCAGCAGAUACAGGUUGAAAAAUUUGGAACGACGAGGUGACUGGAUAAUUGACGUUGAUGUCGGGUGCUUGGGCAGUAUGGGAGUCCAAAUCCGAUCUUAUUUUCUCAAUUUUUUUGAUAAAAAAAAUCGUUGAACGUUUCGGUCAAUGUAUCCAAUGAAUCAUUAUUAGGGAGUGCAGCAAUGUUCUUUGAUAAGAAUAGGCGAGAUACCAUCUUGAAUAGUUGUGAUUGGUCAGAGGAGCUGAUCAGAGUCCGAUAAUAGUUUGUCUUUGUCGCUGUUAGAAGAUCAUUGUAGUGUUUGCAGGAAUCAAUAAAUAUUUCUUGGUGAAUUUGAAGACCAGAUGAAAUAUAUCUUCUUUCAUGACGACGUUUGUCUUGUUUAGCCUUACGAAGUUCAUCAGUAUACCAAGGAGAAUGCGGUCGCAGAGUGACCCAUCUCUCGUUCACAGGAGCAUGUUGAUCAAAGAUAGACAAGAGAUUAGUAUUAUAUUGUGUAGUCAGCUCAGUUACACAAGACUGUGGAUUAGUAAUGAGAUUAGAUUCUUCGAUGUCUUUGAUCAUACUAGCUAAAUCGAGCCUUUUGGUGUUUCUGUGUUUAACAUGUAGUGUAGAAGGUUUCGGUUUUGUACAUUUCACCUUACAAGUAACCAAAUUAUGAUCUGAAAUAUUGUCGGCUGAUAGAAUGCGAACAUCCGUUAUAACAUUAUUCUCUUCACGAGAUAAUAUCAAGUCCAAUGUGUGGCCCAGGCGAUGAGUGGAUCCAGAUACAUUUUGAAUUAGAUCAGUGGACUCAAGGAGAUUUAGAAAGGAGGCAGCUUCAGGAUUUGAUAGAUCAUCAACAUGGUAGUUAAAAUCACCGGCAAUUAUAAUGGGCUGCCUUGAUAAUGUAAGUUCUUCAAGAAAAGAUGAGAAUUCUUGCAAAAAGCUAUUUCCAGUGUUGUUCUUUUUUUGCACAGAGGAGGGCGAUAGAGAACAAUUAAACGGAAUGUCUCACUUUUGUUGGAUAUGCUCACAUCUAAGUACUCAAAUGAGCUUGUGUUCAUGAUGGAAUUUUGCAGUACGGUAUAACCAUCUCAGUAUCAACAAAGCGACUCCGCCGCCCUUACGAUUCCUUCUUGGUAUGUGGUGGAGUUUAAAAUGCGGAAGAAUGUUGUUGAUGUCAGUAAUAACAUGGUUGUCAUCCUCGGUUCCUUUAAGCCAAGUCUCUGUUAUGGCCAGGAUGUCUAAAUGGUGGGAGAUGACGAAAUCGCAUAAAUGAGUUGAUUUUUUUUACAAUCGAACGCACAUUGAGGAGAGCAAAAUUACUGGUGGAUUUGGUUCUCGGUAGAUGGCCAACGCGUGUGAUAGAGAUGACAUUGUUGAUGUUUCUUGAGUAAAUUUUCUUUGAUGGUCGUCGAUGCGUAGAAACAAUGGUUGGAAUGUAAUAACAUUGAGAAUCUUCGUUUUGAAUAAUUAAAUCUUCCUUCGGUUGAGAAAUUGCUCCAAGGUCAAAUUGUGACAAUAAGAAACCCAUUUCAGGACCAGGGUUAGAAGCAAUGGUUCUCGGUAGAUGGCCAACGCGUGUGAUAGAGAUGAUAUUGUUGAUGUUUCUUGAGUAAAUUUUCUUUGAUGGUCGUCGAUGCGUAGAAACAAUGGUUGGAAUGUAAUAACAUUGAGAAUCUUCGUUUUGAAUAAUUAAAUCUUCCUUCGGUUGAGAAAUUGCUCCAAAGUCAAAUUGUGACGACAAGAAACCCAUUUCAGGACCAGGGUUAGAAGCAACGUCACCAGCCAAAGUAAGACGAGCUUGGUUGAAGGUGGUAGUUGAGUUAGCGUAGUAUUUGACUUUGGAUGUGUUGUAACCUUUAGGUCGUAGACAAACAAAGCGAGGCCGAUUAGUUGUUAAAUAACGAGGUAGUAAUACAGCAGAAAUCCACUUGUUAGGAUACAAACAAUGAUUCUUGCAAAUAUAAUCCAAAGAGGAAAUGUUUAGGCAAUCCAUAUGUCGUUUUUCAAUUGAAAUAAUAUAAAGAACUGUGAAAAAAAUAAAGAAAAUCAAGCAGCGAUAUGAAGCACGUCCGUUACCCAUAAUUACCAUAAAGGUAAACUUCAAGUAAAUUUAUAAACAAUAAACAUCUAGUCAAACCUUUGUUACAAGUGGUAAUGUUUUUUUUUUAGGACAGUAAAAUUCUGGGACUUGGAGACCUUUCAACUGGUGUCUACUAUAGAUCCAGAAACUAGUGGCAUUAGGUGGGUGAAUUGUCAAUUUGAAUAUAAGAUAUGUUGUGACAAUUGUACAAAUCUGUACUUCUCAGCAUUAAAAUUCUCUGCAAUGAGCUACUGAUGAGAUGGGAGGAUAUUCUUUAGUAGUUCUUAGUUAAUGGAUUACGUGUCUUUAUCUUUUUAGAGUCAGCACCAAGGUUUUGGUAUAAUCACUUUUUUUUUUUUUGCUGCAGUGUAAUGACAUUAGUAUUAGCAUUCACAGUCUUUGCCUUGUUAUGUGAUGUACAACAGAUGGUGAAAACUGGCUUUUUUGUCUGAUUCACAGAUGUGUAGCAUUCCACCCUGAUGGACAUUCAUUAUUCAGUGGAGCACAAGAUUCCAUGAGGGUGUAUGGUUGGGAGCCAGUUAGAUGUUAUGACAGCUUUUCUCUUGGAUGGGGAAAGGUUGCUGAUAUUGCAGUUUCAUCCAACCAACUUGUAAGUGAACCCUGCAUUUUGACUUCCCUGUUCAGUUAAGAGUGACCAAGACAGAAUUUCUCCUUACAAUAUCAAUACAAUAUCAAGCAGACAAGUAAUGAGAAUAAUGAAAAAUAUAAAUUAGGGGAUUAUAAGUUGAUCCAAUACCAAAUUCUCCAUGCUAACAUCACAAGAAUUGUAUGGUAGACAGUAAGGAGAAUUACUAAUGAGAUCUUGGGACUAAUAAAGGGUUAAAGUUGUCCAAAAUUGAUUUUUUAUUUCAAAACAUCAGUUCUUAAUAAUUGAUUGAGUUCUGCAGUAAAGGCAUUUUUUCAUUUACGUCCUUGGAAGUGGUAUAUGUAACAGCUCAAUUAUUUCUCAACAAAUUGUGAAUUGCGCCUUGUAUCUUUGUAGAUUGGAGCAUCAUAUCAUCAGACCAAUGUAUCUGUGUGGGUUGUUGAUUUAGAGGUAUGUUUUUCAUGCAUGUAUAGCUGUUAAAGGGGUAUGUUUGUUUUUCUCAUGUUUAUCUUAGUGUGUGUUUUCAGUGUUACUGAUUAUGAAUUGUUCUCUCUUGUGUUCAGCAUUUAGAAAACCUUAUAGCAAAGUAUAAUGAUGAGACAGCUGAUGUAGGAAAUAAUGUAAUGGUGAGUAACAGACUUCUUUAUUUCUGAUGUACAACACUACUAUUGGACAACAAUGGUAAAUUAAAAUGUAAAUGUUAUAAAUCUGGGAGUCAAUGGCCCUGAAGCUCAAAUUCAUUCUUCUUGAAGUAAUAUGACUUGUCCACUUAUGGGAAGCUUGUAAUGAACAAUUUUGUUUGACUGAGACUACUGAAUGCAUUCAGAAUCACAGAGAUAGGAUAGCAUAACUAAGGGGGCCAAAGUCAUAAGUGUAUCUUGGUAAAGACCAUGAGACUUGACUAUACACUGGGUUGCAAAAAUGUUGACACAUGAAAUGCAUGAUUCAUGAAUGACGAGAUCUAAAGGCUUUAUGGGAAGUGGUCUUACAGUUGCAUAAUAAGUGCUUUACUUUUCCAUCAUUCACGGAAACUUUUUGUUUUUAGGAGGGUUUUUAUUAUUUACCACAUGUUAUUGUGGUUAUCAUGUAAAUGUGUACCCAUAAAGCCAUUGGGCCUCAUCCUUCAUUGCUAAGACUUUUUAGAUGUUAAUGUACCUGCAAUCAAAUGUAUCCUGGGGCAAGGAGGGUAACUUAGGAUAGAGUAGCAUUGUAUCCAGAGGGAGAAGCACCUCACUUAGUCACUAAAUGCUAUUAAAACUUAAAGAGAAGUCAAGCAACUUUGGCAAUACUUCACUUUCAGCAUUCAGCUUUGGUUUUUGAAACUAUGCUAGUUCCAGCAGGCUUAAGAUCCUGGAAUAAUGUUGUUAGUGAUACUUUCAAUAGGUUUGAAUUACCAUUAGUGCUUAGAGCUCCUGAAGCUAUUUACAACUGAGUUUUCAAUCUUUUACACAGGAAGGAGCACCAGGGGAACAGAAACCAGCUAAAGUUGUACCAUCUACCAAAACGUAAGUCAUUUAUUUAAAAUCUACUUACACUUCUCAGACCUCUCUUAAAUUUUUUCUAUUGAGGAAAACAGAAUUGUAAUUAGAUGUGGAUCCUUCUGUGAUCUUAAAGAUUAAAAAUUGAAUUUGUGUUUUUUGCCUUUACAGACCACCUAGAAAAGCAUUUAGCACAGAGAGACCUCAAACAACAUCUUCAAAACCCAGGUUUGUAUAUAACAGUUGGCUGAGGAACAUGUUAUAAACCCUGAGCUAUCUUCCUUGUGGUUUUAAUAACCUAGUGUUUGAGCCACUGGUAGUGCAUAGACUACACAUACCAUGACACCUUUUUGGUACAGAAACCAGUUUAAACUCGUGUGGUAGUGGGUGGUAACUCUUCUAAGACUUGAUGUUGAACUUAACCUGAUCUGGUUUUAGGGUCCUCAAAAGUCUGUUAAAUUUUUCAGACCUAAAGCUGAACAACCAGCUGUGCCAGAUGAGCCUUCCAGCAAAGAGGAAGAGAAAAAUGACAACAAGAACUUGGCAGCUCCUGAUGACAUAUUUUCAGCCAAGAAGAAACUAGGUGAGUGAAGUAUUUCUUUGGCCAAAAUUAUGUAACACUGAGGGAACUUGCUCAGCAACUACCCAGUUAGGGCUAAUUAGUAGUCUUUCGCUCCUUCAAAUUCCAAAUUGAAACACUAAAGAUAGGCUUUACAUUAUGGAACAGAAGGGAAAUAGUAAGUUAAGUGGACAAUAUUCUCUGUGACUCAAUUAAAGAUAGUUAAGGCCAUGGAAAUUUCAUAAGAGAAUUCUCUGAUUUCCAAUGAGCAAGCCAACCAAAAAGUACUUUUGGAACUUUUUUUUUUGAAUCAUUAAAUAUUGCAUUUGUGUUACAAAAAUUAUAAAAUAUUUAUUUUACAGAUCGUACACCUCCACGACAAAAACAUGAACCAUUUCAGCCUCCCCUAGAAGACCCUCUAUCACACGGUGAGAGGAACUGUCCAACUGAUGCAGUUGUUGAUAGCUUUUUUAGUAAUGUAUCUUCUUAUUAAAAUUUAUUUUUUGUUUAAUUUAUUUGUUCAUGUACAGGUCAUUCCAAACAAGUCCCUGUAGUUAAGCCAUCUGCCAUAGCCCCUGAUCCAGUCAAACCAUCCAAGGUGAGAUUUACUUCAUAGCAUGAAAGUUUUGGGGGUUUUGAUUUUUUCUUAAUAAGUUUUGCAUGUGAUCCUUAAUCAGCAAAAGUGACUUCCAGCAGAAAAAAUCCAGAAUACAUGAUGAUGCAAAUAUUUACUACCAUCAGUCAACUGAAAACAAUUAGUUUAGAAUAAAGAGUACCAGUACAUUCAUUUUCAUUGUAUUUGAACCCAAUUGAGAUAUCUGGGCAGCUCCUCUCUACAAAGUACCAUUUUUAGAAAACUUAAAGAUAUUUUCACUUUCUUUCAGUUGCAUUGUUUUCUUACUUGGUUUGAAAUUAAUUCCCUGAACAAAUUUUAGUCAUCUUAAACCACAAUAAUUUACUGUGACUAAACACAAAAAAUUGUAAUUUGCAAGAUAAAACUCACAGUCACAUAGUUUUUAUUAUACACUGUACAUUCAUUUGCAAUAUGAAAACUUUCCCAUUGCAAAUGGUCAAAUGCCCCCCAUUGAUGAAGCAGUGGCAAAGUACAUGUAGUUUUGUUCUUUUGGCUGAACUCACAACAAAAGGUCCUAUCUUUUUCCUUGUGUCUCCUUAACAAGUUUGGAUCUGGUCCUUUGUUUUUUAGCCCACUUCAGUAAAUGAAAAUCCACAGCACCAACAAAUGAUACCCUCAGAGAGAGACAAACCAGCUGGACUGCAAUUGUCUGACUUUCUUCCAGUAAGUACUCAACAACUUUUGAAUAGAUUGUUGAAUUUUUUAUUUUAAGGAAAGGUGAUGGUUGAAUUUGAAGUCAUAAGUUAGGAUGAUAAAAGGAAGCUUAAUUUUCUUGAAUAACAGAUUAGUUAAAACAUCAUUGGAGUUAAUUUACAGAUGUUACAUAGUGCAUUUGAAGUUUCAAAUUCUGUUUCAAGUUCUAGCUUCUGUCUGCUAGUGGGUAAUUGAUUUAAAAUGGAAACUUAAGAAACUUUUCCAUUUCUAAAACAAAUGCUGACAAUUCAUUUUUUUUCUUUUUACAUAAGAGGAAAUAUUAUUCUACUAGUCAUAAUAUCAUAAUAUUUAUUUGUAUCUUGUUUUUAAUGUUUUAGUCCAGAGCUCCUGCUGUUAAUGACCCUUCACAAAACAAUGCCAAUUUUGAUCAACAUAAAUUUCCGCCAAAGAAUCCAGCCAUGUCAGAGAAAGAUGCCAUCUCUGCACUGUCAAAAAGUGAGUUUAGGAUACGAAAUCAUCAUGAAUGAAUGAUAAUAUUAGAUUAGAAGAUAGGCAUAAGAUAUAGAUCCUACAUGAUGGCUCUGAAGAAUUUAUUUAACUGAUAUUUUCUGGUCUUAGUUACAAUCAUGGUGCUUCUUAGAUAUAAAUGUUUUAUUGAGGAAGAGCUCAUCAAAUGGGUAAAUUGAAUGUAAAUUUGAUGGAUUGUUGUUUUCAGGUCAUGACUCCAUAGCAACAAUUAUGACGGCAAGACUCAAGAAUCUGAGUGUUGUUGCGAGACACUGGGGGGAUGGUGAAAUAAAGGUUAGAGAGAAAUGGUAUUUGAUAAGUUCUGAAUUGAGUUGCUAUCAAUUUUGUUCAAAUUGUUUACACCUUUUUGUUUAAUGUUCUUUUCCAGACUGCGGUACAAGUUUCAGUAGAUAUGAAUGAUCAAGCUAUCUUAGUGGACCUGCUCAAUGUUCUCUGUUUGAAACAGUAUGUUUACCUAUCCACAUAUUACUUUCUUAACCCUUUCACUCCCACAAGUGACCAAGACAGAAUUUCUCCUUACAAUGUCAAUACAAUAUCAAGCAGGCAGGUGAUGAGAAUAGAGAAGAAUAUUAAUCAUAGGAUUAUUAGUUGAUCCAAUACCAAAUUCUCUGAACUAACAUCAUAAGAAUUGUAUGACAGAUAGUAAGGAGAAUUACUAAUUAGAUCUUGGGAGUGAAAGGGUUAAUUUUAACUUAUUGUGCUGUCAAAGCUCUACAAGGUCAGGCUUUCAUGAUACAGGAGGAGGUAGAUACAGUCAAACCUGUAUUUACCCUUUACACCUUAAGAUCAGUAUGCACAUUCUCCAUACUGUUCUCUGUACAUUUCCUAAGGUGAUCACAGGGAGAAUUAGCUCAAAGAUAAGGAGUUUCUGUAGUUAAUGAUCAUUUCCAUUAUUCUCAUGACCUUAGUGUAUGAUUCAGGGGUGAUAUUGUAAGGAGAAAUUACAUGCUCGUCACUCUAAGGGGUUAAAGGGUUAAGAGGCACAGUAUAAAGCAGUCACCUUGCAUUAAGUGGUCAGUUGUCAAAGUCCCGAAUUUGUUUCCUCUUAAUCAGUGUUUAAUUUUCACCUGUAUUAAGUGGUCAUGGUCACAUUUGAGUGAGUCCCACCAAUCUGUUUGUUUUGUCCCCCACCUGUAUUGAACAGUCACUUAAAUCAGAACUGCUAAGAAAAAAACUGAGAAUGAUCUUUCAAGUAAGAUUUAAUUCAUGUUUCUCUCCUGAAAUCAAUGCUUGUAGUAUUUUUAAGUGAGUGUUUUUACAUUAGGUGGUCAGUUAUGGCAUUAAAUCAUUUUUUUUUAUAUACAUUAUCCCUCUUCUGUGGAACCUGUGUAAAGUGGUUAACCUGUAUUAAGUGGUCACCUUGCCAUUCCCUGUGGAUGGCAGCUUAAUACAGGUUUGACUGUAACAAACUUUUAAUAAACAGUAACAUCCAUCAUCCAAAAAAAAAAAAAAGUGAAAUGUCUUUCUUGAUUUCUCUUUACAAACUUUUAAUAAACAGUAACAUCCAUUGUCCAAAAAAGAAAACAACCUGUGAAAUGUCUUUCUUGAUUUCUCUUUACAGGACAUUAUGGAAUCUAGAUGUUUGUUCAUUGCUGCUUCCUCACCUCAAGGACCUGAUAAGUAGCAAGUAUGAAAGGUGAGAGAGUGUUUCAUGUAGUGGAUUAAAAGAUAUUACAGCUGAUGGUGUCAGGCUUGAUGCCAGAAAUCGUGUCAGUCCUUAUUAUGAGCACCAUCAUGAAAAAGUAUUUUGUGUUGCCAUCAUUAUCAUCAUCAACUCAUUUAAUCAAUCUUGAUCAAAAUACAUUUGAAUUUCUCUUACAGCUAUGUCCAAGCUGGUGCAAUGGCAAUUAAACUUAUUCUGCGAAACUUUGCUCCAGUUAUUAAAAGCAACAUGGCAGCACCACCGGUGUCUGUAGGAGUUGACCUAGUCAGAGAAGAAAGGUGAGGUUUAACCCUUUAUCCCCAAAGAGUGACAAGGAUCUAAUUUCUCCCUAUAGUAUCACCCUUGAAUCAAACAUUAAGGUCACAGGAAUAAGGGAAUUGAUUGUUGAACUGAUUCUCCUUGUCAGCACCUUAGGAAAUGUACAGGGAACAGUAUAGAGACUAUGCAUACUGAUAUUAGGGUGUACAGGGUUAAGUGUUUAAACAGAGCAAUUUUCAGUUGAAUUUUUCCUCCUUUCCCUACCUUUUCAUGUAAAAUGACAAUAGUCGGUUCAUAAUCAGUAUGACCAGUAUUUUUUAUUUAUUUUUUUUUAUUGUGUUGAUUCUAUUGUGUAGUCUUUAUUAAAACUUACAGAUAUUAAGAAUGAAUCUUAUGUCUAUGUAUAUGUGAGUCAUGUUUAAAUUCACGCAAAUUUACCCCUGCAGGUAUAACAAGUGUCACAAGUGCUAUUCACAUUUGCAGUCCGUUCGUGAAGCUCUGUCUAGUAAAACCAACAUUUCUGGAAAAAUGGGAAGUCUCUUCCGUGAGAUGUCGCUUGCAUUUUCCAGCUUGGAUUAAUAGUAAGCAAGUAAGCUAUUCUAGAGAAGAUAUGAUGCACACAGGGAUUACCAUGACUUGUGGAAUGUCCACUGCCGCAGUGUAAAUUAUUUUCAUUAAAAAAAAUGACAACAAGAGUCUGAGCUGCCUUUGUGUAAGCUAGGAGUGAAUUAUUUUGAAAAAUCACAGAUCAGAUUUCAUACAAAGUAAAAUGGAAGGACAAACAUCAGUGAAAAUCAGAUUAAGAGGUACUGAGGGAUAUCUGUGAUGUGACUCAUGCGAGCUGGUAAUGCUUUAGAAAGAUCUCACUGAGUUGGAACAUUGCACUUGAUUGUGCUUUUGAAGUCAGUAUGUUAAUUGGAGAAAAAGCAAACAAGUGAAAGUAACCUCAUGUUUAAAAGACAAGAAAGAAAUCAUACCAUCUAAAAGAGUUUUUGUAACUCAGGUGUAGAGUGAUCAGCAAAGGUUACAGGUGUUUUUGAUUGGUACAGUUUUAUCAUAGAAAAUGGUGUGAGUUCAGAUAAGAGGUUGGCUCCUAAGAUCACUUGCUAAUUCCACCAUAUCUUAAGUUGUGAUGUUCUCAAACUCACCUGAUCUAUUGAUUACCAAGCUAAGCAAUGUCAGGGAGUUGGAAUUAUUUAAAUGGAAUUGGGGAGCUUGAUUAUUAUAAUAAUUUAUUAUGUUGUGUUUGAGCUUGGGGAUAAGCCUUCUUUCCUUUCAAUCAGCACUGGACAAAAGGCUUUCUCUCCAGCAGGUUGUAGUUUUCUACUUUUGUUUUGUUGUGAAAAUUAACUGUUAAUUUACUAGUAAGAAUUAUUUCAGUCUUAUUGGUAUUUAAGUUUAGAUAAAGAGUACAAAUAUUACUUUUGAGGACAUAUUUACUUAAAUUUUGUAAAUGAAAACAAAUUAGCACUUUUCAAAGUGAAAAGUCAGUAUUGUGAAUGGAUGGUAAAUAGAAACGUGUUCCACCAUUCAAAGAAGCCCUUUUAAGAGGGAGGGGAGGGUGGUGAGACUCCCAUCUCUCAUAUUCUCUUGUCCUCCCCAGGACUUUUGCUCCCUCAGCCACCUUUCAUCUAAGGUCCAUUUCUUCCAGACAUGUCCACUCCCAUAUGGUUUAAAAGUAAACAACAAGAUCAAAAAGCUCAACUAUACAAAGGAAAUUGUGAGUCCAUUUCAGAGUCCAAUGCUCUUUUCAGUCGUAAACUGACAGCAUGCUACUCCCAGGUCAAUCUUGUAAGUCAAAGCUUUUUCCCUUUUUAAGUCAACUGUUUAAAUAUCUCUCACCACAAUGUUCACACAUUUUAUGCCAAAUUAAAGUGGACAUAAGCAAUAAUUCUUCUUGUGUCCUUGCAUUAUUGUUUGCUGAAUAUUGCUUACGAGUUAGUCUGUACAUAAUGGCUGUCCUUCAAAUCGUACUUAGAAUGUCAACUCAAGUAUGUGUAGUGUGAAUAUGAACUUAUAUGCAUGUGUUUGUAACUUGAUUUCAAGUGACAAAUGGUAACAUUAAAUAAAGUAUGUUUAUAGAAAUCUCAUGUGACUGUUCCUAUUUUGAUAGUUGAAUCCAGUUUACACUGACAUUUUUUUCUGCAAAUGUGUUAAAGCUGUUUUGUUUUUGAUUGUUUGGUUUUAUGUUUGUUUGUAUUCAUUUACUGUGUUUAUGAGAUCUGCAUGUGAAAACAAAUUGAGAAGUUAACAAUAUUAGUUUUGUGAACAAGCAGGGAACAGACAAACGAGAUUUUGCACUGAAAAUUGAACUCAUUAACAUGUGUUAUCUCUUUAAGAUAUCAAUACCAAGCCCUUUAAUAAAGAGCUUAAAUGCUUUCAAUAAUAGACCAACUCUUAAAACUGCUGUGUGAUGAUUUAACUUCAAAUUCUG